AUGGCACCUGGCAAGUCAUCUCCUGUGGAAACUUCUUGGAAGAUCUUUGAAGAAUACCACAUAGAUGAAGAUGUGGGCUUUGCUCUGCCCAAUCCAUUGGAGGAGCUACCUCACCCUUAUGAUGCCUGGAUUUCCAUUGCUAAAAAUCUGCCUGAACUGAUUAAGAAUGGCCAACUACGUGCAGAAGUUGAGAAGUUAACAACCUUCAGCAUUGACGGCCUCCAAGGACACAAGUUGCAGCGCCUUGCACAUCUGGUUCUGGGGUAUAUCACCAUGGCGUACGUGUGGGGUGAAGGUGAUGGAGACGUCCGGAAGGUCUUGCCGAGCAAUAUUGCUGUUCCUUACUGCAAGGUAUCUGAGAAGCUAGGACUGCCCCCUAUUCUGGUCUAUGCAGAUUGUGUCUUGGCAAACUGGAAGAAAAAGGAUCCCAGUGGGCCCAUGACUUAUGAGAACAUGGACAUCCUAUUCUCGUUUCCUGGCGGGGACUGUGGUAAAGGGUUCUUCCUGGUCUCUCUGGUGGUGGAAACAGCAGCUGCUUCUGCAAUCAAAGUGAUCCCCAUUAUAUUUAAUGCAAUACAACGUGAAGACCCAGACACUUUGCGAAAGGCAUUGCUUGAUAUAGCUUCUUGUCUGCACAAAGCCCUUGAAAUAUUUCACCAAAUUCAUGAUUAUGUGGACCCAAAUCUAUUUUUCAAUGUUCUUCGCAUAUACUUGUCUGGGUGGAAAGGCAACCCUUUGCUGUCAGAGGGUCUGCUGUAUGAAGGUGUCUGGAACACCCCAAAGAAGUUUGCCGGAGGCAGUGCAGCCCAAAGCAGCAUCUUCCAGUGCUUCGAUAUUCUGCUGGGCAUUCAGCAUACUGUUGGUGGAGUUCCUUCAGACUCUGCUGCUAAAUUCCUCCAGGAAAUGAGAACAUAUAUGCCAUCAGCUCACCAGAACUUUCUUCGCUCGUUAGAGUCAGGCCCCUCGGUCCGUAAGUUUGUCCUUUCAAAAGGUGAUGCUACCCUGCAGGAAAUUUAUAAUGAGUGUGUGCAAGCCAUGGUCUCUCUGAGAAACUACCACUUGCAAGUAGUAGCUAAGUACAUUGUGAUUCCUGCAAGCCAGGCAUCCAAGAGAAAACCAACCUCGGAAGAGCCUUCAGAACCAAAAAAUAAAGGAACUGGAGGCACCGAUUUCAUGGGGUUUCUAAAGACUGUAAGAAAUACAACUGUGGAUUCCCUGUUGAAGGAAGAUUAA